UCUUGGGCAUGGUCUUUCCCUCGACACGAGCCAAAGAUAUCACAGUCCGACGCAGAUAGGAAGAUGAUAACAUGACGGGGAAUCCAACCAUCUACCCUCCCAGAUGGGUGUAUCUUAUCUGAGCACCGUUUACAGACUGGGUGCGGUUGGAGUAGACUGCUAGGGUAAUAGUUUCGUGCGCUCUUCUCUCCUCUGCACGCCUCCAUCCCUUCCCUCGGCAAUGUUUUGUUUCGUUCUCCCAUUACUCAACCCCGCCGUCUGUCAUUUAUGAACUUUUAGCGCCGCUGUGCAACAGUUUCUCCGCACCCAGUGCGCGGAAGACUAUGAAGACCACGCGGAAAUGCCGCGCUCUGCUCUCGGUUGGACUCAACCUGGUCGCGCUUUUUUUUUCCACCACCGCGUUCAUUACGACGUACUGGUGCGAGGGCACUCAGCGCGUCCCCAAGCCCAACUGCAGCAAGCAACGGCGGCACAACUGCAUCGACAACGGCACGAACGAGACAGACAAGAGCAAGGUCCACUACAGCUGGGAGACCGGAGACGAUCGCUUUCUGUUCCGCCGUUUCCACACCGGCAUCUGGUACUCCUGCGAGGAAAACAUUCACGGUCCAGGUGAGAAGUGUCGUAGCUUCAUUGAUCUGGCUCCGGCUUCAGAGAGAGGAGUCCUGUGGCUGUCGGUGGUAUCAGAGGUACUAUACAUCAUGCUGUUGGUGGUUGGGUUCAGUCUCAUGUGUCUGGAGCUGUUUCAUUCCAGCAACGUCAUCGACGGACUAAAACUCAACGCCUUCGCUGCUGUUUUCACCGUGCUCUCAGGUCUGCUAGGCAUGGUGGCCCAUAUGAUGUACACCCAGGUUUUCCAGAUCACAGUUAGUCUGGGUCCUGAAGACUGGAGACCCACUCCUGGGACUAUGGAUGGUCCUUCUGGUCAGUACUCAUACUGUCUGUCUGUGUGUUUGGUAUGA